AUGUCCGAUCCCCCUCAGGACUUGCUGGAUGGUAUAUCCGGCGCACUCGCCUCAGAGCCCGACGUGCUCCAAAUGAUCCUAGUCACAUUCAUCGGACUAUCCUGCUACAACGUCGCUGAACUAGUCGUCCUAGUCCCAUCUACAUUCCGUCGCUGGCGCGGCCUCUAUUUCUGGUCCCUCCUCGCAUCGGGCUGUAUAGGCGUCGUGCCAUACUCUAUUGGAUUCUUGAUGAAAUUCUUCACGCGGGCGGAUUCAGUUCUUUCAGUGACUAUCUUGACGAUUGGGUGGUGGACGAUGGUCACGGGCCAAUCGAUCGUGCUAUAUUCUCGUCUUCAUUUAGUCCUCCGGGAUGAAAAGAUUCUGCGACGGGUAUUGUGGUUGAUCGUCACGAAUUUCUUUCUUUUACAUGUUCCUACCACGAUCCUCACUUAUGGCGCGAAUAUCGUGCAUACUGGUGAUAUCUCCUGGAUCAAGGGGUAUAAUAUCAUGGAAAAGAUUCAGUUGACUGGCUUUACAAUCCAGGAAUCCCUUUUGGGAACGUUGUAUGUUAUCGAGGCUGUCAAGUUACUUCGUCUUGGUGCCGAUGUUACGGCCAGACCGGAUGCGAGGUCGAUUAUGUAUCAACUUAUCGGGAUUAAUUGUGCUAUUAUUGCGAUGGAUGUGUUGUUGUUGGGUCUGGAGUAUGCAAAUUUAUAUGCGGUGCAGAUUACGCUGAAGGGCUUUAUUUACUCGCUUAAGUUGAAGUUGGAGUUUGCUGUGCUUGGUCGAUUGGUGGAUCUUAUACAGGGCUCCAGACAUCCGAUUUCUCUUGCCAUGGCGGAUACGCUUCCGCUUUGUUCGUUUUCGAGGCCGCCCGAGACGCCGGAUCGACGUGAUGAUGGGAUGCCUUGUGUGUCGGAGUCGAAGGAGGUUUUGUCGACGCCGGAUGGAGCACGGGUUAUGGAGGGGAGGAUGUUUGUGGAUCGGACGGGGGGUUUUAUGAUGGAUGAUCAUGGUCAUGAGCAUAAGUAA